GAAAUCUGCAAUGUAAUUUGCCAUUUGUAAUGGAUAAUAUUGCAGGAAAAGCUUUGAAGAAGGGGAGGAGCGAGGAUGGGGUUGGACGAGCAGCAAAGAUUUCAAAUAAAGCAGAGAAAAGCAAAGACUGCCAUGGGUUUCUAUUGUCCCUGGGGAAGUGGAAAGAAUGAAUGGUUUAAUCAAGGUGGCGCUGCAUCAUCAGAGCCGGCGGAGGGAUGUACAGUACAUCCUCACCCAAGGAGCCCCAACAAGAUUAUGAAGAUUUGAUAUAUCUGCAGGGAGGCGAAACACGGUGGCUACAUAUCAAAAGCCAGGAUUAGUUGCCUUUUCAUUUCAUGUCCUCUGGCCUGGCCUCGACCAUGAGGCUAGAGCACGGGCGGCGGGCUUCUCUCGCGAUCACCCUCAACUUUGUGGCGUUUGCUUUUGCCUUAUCAGCGGUGACCACCAGCUACUGGUGUGAGGGGACCAGGAAGGUGCCCAAACCCUUCUGCACAGGACCACCGCUGAAGGUGAAGCAGUGGUUCUGCAUCCGCUUCAACAGCUCUAACAUCAACGACAGCCGGUUGGUCCAGUACAUCUUUGAGAGCGGAGAGGAGAAGUUUCUUUUGAGGAAGUUCCACACCGGAAUAUUUUUCUCCUGUGAGCAGGCUGCCGAUAUGAACGGGUUUGACUGUCGAGACUUCUCAGAGAUUGCACCAGAACAUGAAAGAGGGGUCCUGUGGUUGUGUAUCGUGGCUGAGAGUCUGUACCUCACCCUGCUCUUUACAGGCGGGGCUCUGAUGAUCCUGGAACAGUGCCCUUGCUUCAGUAUCAUGAACAAAUUGAAGCUCAGUGCCUUCGCUGCCUUGUGCACUGCCCUGUCAGGCCUUUGUGGGAUGGUGGCCCACAUGAUGUUCACCACCAUAUUUCAGCUGGCUGUCGCUAUAGGACCAGAAGACUGGAGGCCCAAGACCUGGGACUACAGCUGGUCUUAUGUCUUAGCGUGGGGCUCUUUUGGCACCUGUAUGGGCUCUGCAGUGACGGCGCUCAACAGGUACACAAAAACCAUCGUAGAGUUUAAAUACAAGCGGCGGAACAUCGAGAAGAGCCUGAUGAUUAAGCAGAAGAUGAUGGAGCUGGACCUCCCUGAACAGAUGUGGGACAUGUACCUGACCACUGUGCCCGCUGACGCCGAGGUACAGCUAGAACUGCCGGUCAACGGCCACAAACCAUCGGCAGGAACGACAUAUGUGGUCGAAAUGGACAAUGAACCAGAACCACAAGGAGAGGCAUAUUGUUAAAAAUAGGGUCACUAUCCCCGCCCCUGUGCCACACUGGAACUGUUUUUCAGGGCUGAUUUCCUGGACCUAGAUUGACUCUUGUUCCUGGAUUUCAAUUUCUAAAACAGGGUAUAUAAUUGUUUGUAUUGUUGCCACACAUCAAAUGUGUUUCUAGGAGGUCAGAGCCCAGAUUCUUUUUCUGGAAAUAAUGUAACAUGUUCGGCUUUGACACAACAUGCAUUUCAUCCAAUCUU